ACAACCCCAUAACCUUUUUUCUUCUUAUAUAAACCCCCCCAAUACACCUUUUACACCAAACCAAAAAAAGUUCAACCUUACUGUAUAAAUUUUCUUCAUGCAUAUAUUUUUUCUUACAACUUUCAUAUUUUCAUGGAAUUAGUUAACUCAAUAACUCGUUUGAAGUUAACUCACUUUUUUAUUAUUUUCAUCAUUUUGUCACUGAAUUUAUCGUCUGAGGUCGAAGCUGAAGCAACCAAAGCGCUUUAUAAAGGAUUUAAAGCAAUCCCAAAUUCUCAGAUAUCGAAUAUUCAACGUAUUUUAAGUGAUCCUAGUGGUAAUUAUUCACUAUGUUUUGUUAGAGUUGAAAAUGAUCAACUUAGUCUAGCAAUAGUCCAUGUACAAUCAUUUGAGUCGAUAUGGGUUGCUAAUUUGACCCGUUUAGCUAAAUGGGCUGACCCGACUGAGCUUUUCUUUAAUGGGAGUCUUGUUUUGAUGGAUUCUAAGUCAGGGGUAUUUUGGUCAACUUACACUAAUGGAGACCGUGUUCAGCUUUCGAAUAAUUCGAAUUUGCAAGUUCAAAAGGUGGAGAAUGGUGACACGUCACCUUUUGUUUUAUGGCAAAGUUUUGAUUUUCCCUCAAAUACCCUUGUGGAAAAUCAAAAUUUCACUAGUGCCAUGAGUUUGGUUUCGUCUAAUGGGCUUUAUUCGAUGAGAUUGGGCCUCGAUUUUUUCGGGUUGUAUGUUAACGAUGAACCGGGUAUGGGUUCGGGUUCGGGUCAAAAUCGAGGUCGAAUGUAUUGGAGGCACAAGGCAUUAGAAGCUAAAGCUGAUGUAAUUGAAGGUAAAGGACCUAUUUAUGCAGUACUUAGGUCAAAUGGUUAUUUUGGUAUGUACCAAAAUGAGUCAGUUCCAGUAGAUGUGGAAUCUUUUAAUAGCUUUCAACAACCCGUAUCCGGUGUCAGACGGAUACGGGUCGAGCCGGAUGGGAAUUUGAAAGGGUAUUUUUGGGAUGGGAUAAAUUGGAUAUUAGACUACCAAUUGAUAAAGGAGACAUGUGAAUUGCCCAGCCCUUGUGGGGCAUAUGGGCUCUGUCGUCCAGGCAAGGGCUGCUCCUGCCUGGACAACAACACAGACUACAGUUCUGACGGGUGCGUUCACCCGCCAGAAAACCAGAACUCCCGCGAUUUUUGCGGGGCCCAUGAUAUGUACAGAAGGUUGUCAAGAAAUGGUGUUGAGUUGCCAAACAAGGAGUUAAUGGACUACAAAAAGAUGAAUACUUUUCAAGAAUGUCAAAGUGCAUGUGAAGCAAAUUGCACAUGUUGGGGUGUGGUGUACACCAACACAAGUGGAUUUUGCUACUUGUUAAACUACUACCCCAUGCAAAGUUUAGUAGGGGUAAGUGAUGAAUCCAAGAAGGGGUUUUUCAAAAUAAGGGAGGCUAUGGGAGAAGAGAAGAUGGAGGUGGGGUUGGGGGUGGGCGUAGGGGUGGGGGUAGGGUUACUAUGUGGGGCCCUCUUGAUAUUACUCAUAGGGUUAGGAUAUUAUAGAUAUGAAAAAAGUAAAAGAGGUGUAAGUGGCUAUGUAGAAGAAGAUGGAAUAGUAGUUGGACCAUAUAAAGAUUUGGGAAAUGCAAGUUUUAGGUCAAUUGAACUAAGUGAAAGAUGAGGUAAGGGAUGACAUCUUUUGAGAUAAAGACCACAUCAUCAUAUAAUAUAAAGUUUUAUUAUAUGGUGUAAGUGGGGCCCAUUAUUGGGAAUUUUGGCUAGUGGGGCCUACUUCAUUAUCAUACAAUAUGUUUAUUUUUACUAUAUGGCUAGUGGGGAGGUGCAAGAUUUUUGAUGGUCAAAGGACAAAAAAGAUAGGCUAAAUUUGGCAAAUGAUAUUGUGUUAUAUUUUUUGGAAUUGGAGAAAGACAAACUUUUUGAAUGUUUUUUUUAGUUUAGUUAAAUGACAAUGACUUGUAAAUUGUACUUAUCUUCUUAGUAACUUUAUUAUCUACAUGACCAAAAUCACCAAACUUUUGUAAGGAGUGAUUCUUUUUUUAAAUAUAUAAAUUUUCUCCUCAGAGAAAUUAUAUUUCCA